AUGUUUAGAUCAAAUCUGAGGAAGAAGUUUGAGUGUUUGUAUGAGGGAAUAUCAAAGCAGGGAAACCCGACACUCCUGAAUGAGAUCUACACAGAGCUCUACAUCACAGAGAGUGAAAGUGGAGAGAUCAGUAAUGAGCAUGAGGUGAGACAGAUUGAGACACAACCAGCAGCAGCUGAUCUUGUCCCCUCUGAGUGUGUCCAUCGAGUGACAGAGGUACGAGGAUUCAGUGAGCCACAGAAGGAGGAAUACUUCAGGAAGAGAAUCAGUGAUCAGAGUCUGGCCGACAGGAUCAUCUCACACCUGAACCACUGUUCUAGAGAAGAUGUGAGUGAAGCAGAGAGAGGAGAGAUUCCCAAGAAAGUGAAAGAUGAAGACAUGAUCCUCAAACUGGGGAAACUGGCUUAUCAGCAGCUUGUGAAAGGAAACCUGAUCUUCUAUGAGGAAGACCUGAGAGAGUGUGGCAUUGAUGUGACAGAAGCAUCAGUGUACUCAGGAUUGUGCACUCAGAUCUUCAGAGAGGAGUUGGGCUUGUAUCAGGGGAAAGUCUUCUGCUUUGUUCAUCUGAGCAUUCAGGAACAUCUAGCAGCUCUAUAUGUGCACCUCUUUUUUAUAAAGAACUAUUCACAGUUUUUGACUAGUGUGUCCUCUGACCUCUUUUUCAUAUAUACUUUAUCUGACUUACAUCAGAAGGCUGUGAAUGAAGCUCUACAGAGUAAAAAUGGACAUCUGGAUCUUUUCCUGCGGUUUCUUCUGGGUCUGUCAGUAAAGUCUCAUCAGAUUCUCCUUCAAGGACUAAUGAAACAGACAAGAAGCAGAUCAGACAGCAAUGAGGAAACCAUUGAGUUCAUCAAGAAGAAGAUCAGGUCCAUUGACUCUCCUGAGAAAUCCAUCAAUCUGUUCCACUGUCUGAAUGAACUGGGUGAUCAUUCACUAGUGGAGGAAAUACAACAGUAUCUGAAACCUGGAAGAAUAAGAGAAGCCAAACUCUCUUCAUCUUAAUGGUUAAUUUAGUAAAUUACAGGCCAA